CUACGUGGCUUGCUGAACUUUGCCGACACAAAAACACUUCACAAGCACCCAAUGUGAUUGAUGUCAGCUACUCCUGCAUCACCCUCCUGGAGUGUGUCAACGUAGACCACACUGCCAUAUGUGAUCGGUCUGAGCAUUUGACCCAUAUCAUUGUGUCUGGUGCAUCAGAUGAGCCAAAGAAGCCUUUGGAGAAAGAGCCUGACAGUCAGAAUACAACUGCAGAUGAUGUGAAGCAGGAUGUCGACAAUGAAAACCCCAACCAUGACAACACUCACACAUUGCUCUUCCCAGUGGGUAUUGUUGUUGCUCUCGUGUUGGUCAUUGCUGGUCUGCUCUGUGUGUAUAAACCUCAGAGAGACAAACAGCGCAACCAAGGCCACAGAGACAUGGAAGAGGUUCAGGGCAUUCCAGAACCAAACUCCAUUCCUCUGAUGCAGAAUGAGCAACGUGAUUCCAGAGACAUCAGAAAGCCUGAUGACGGUGAGACUGUUGAAGCUGUGGUUGUUCCCAGUGACCAAGGAGGUGAGCCAGGAGAGGAGAGCAGGCAGCCCAUGGACAAUGAAGAGACAGGCGCUGACAACCCUCUGCUGAAUGGAGAUGCCAGUGGCCAAGGAGAGGAAGGUGUUCUAGGAAUGGAGGAUGGAAAGCCGUCAGACAAUGACAGAGCAGCCACUGAAACCUGUCAGAAGACACAUGCUGAUUCCCCCACACUGAAUAUACCCAAGGUUGUUAGGGUUAACAGCCAGACUGAUGACCCACAGCUUCUGGGUCAACCUCAAAGCAAUGGACGCGUGCCAUAUAGAAGGGAAUCACACCUGACCAAUGGGGCCCCAGGUCAGGGUGCUGGUGAGACUUCACCCCUCUGCAAGGUUAACGAUGAGACUAAGGAAGUGACUCCUGGUGCACAGAGUCCAGGACCUCCUCAGAUGAAUGGAGGACCUCCCAUGUCUGACAGGUUGGAGAACAACCAUGUUGGUCAGCGGAUGAAGAAAACUGCUCUGGUGAACAAGCAGGACCAGGACUGGUUAACAAUGCCAUGAAGCCAGUUGAAAAUAUAUAGCAUAUAAGAUGAAACUAAGUGAAAAUAUAACAUGAUAUACACUGUAAUAUAGAACAGUAUAAUAUAAUAUGACAUUAUAUAAUAUCGUAACACUUACUUGAAGCUGCUUCUUGUAUAGUGUUAUAUAUUCUAAUGAAUGCAUUCUUAGCAACAUGAAUGAUGCAUUAAUGCAUACAUAGGACAUAACUGUAUAGUAAAAUGCUAGUAUAAUACUGUGCUGGUAAGCUGCUAGCUGUGGGGUUGCCCCCAGCUGUGGUUUCUAUUAUUCAGAGAAUCUUUGCUCAACUGUGGUUCAAAUCCAUAGUUUUUAGCUUAGUUGUUACCGUAAACUAGCACUUCUUAGAGACAAAGUUAUGGAAAAUGCUGUAUAACUACUUACCAUUCUGAAGUGUAACGGUCAGGUUUUUAUGUAACAAUUGUUAAUCCCUUUUUUAAAUGUUUAUUUAUAUAUUUGUUUGAUUUUAUUGAAUUAGUAUGACUAAUGCUUCAAUGACCAUGCAUUAUUUUACACUCCCGUAUAGAGGGAUAUUAUUUUACCCUCCCGUAUAGAGGGAUAUUAUUUUACCCUCCCGUAUAGAGGGAUAUUAUUUUACCCUCCCGUAUAGAGGGAUAUUAUUUUACCCUCCCGUAUAGAGGGAUAUUAUUUUACCCGACCGUAUAGAGGGAUAUUAUUUUACCCGACCGUAUAGAGGGAUAUUAUUUUACCCUCCCGUAUAGAGGGAUAUUAUUUUACCCGACCGUAUAGAGGGAUAUUAUUUUACCCUCCCGUAUAGAGGGAUAUUAUUUUACCCGACCGUAUAGAGGGAUAUUAUUUUACCCGACCAUAUAGAGGGAUAUUAUUUUACCCUCCCGUAUAGAGGGAUAUUAUUUUACCCUCCCGUAUAGAGGGAUAUUAUUUUACCCUCCCGUAUAGAGGGAUAUUCUUUUAGUGACUAAAACAUUUUCCAUUAUUUGUAUCCAAAAUAUAUUUAAUUAAAACAUAUAAUUUUCUUCUCA